GUGGUUACUUGGCCAACAGCCUGGCAAUCAUGACUGACGCGGCUCAUCUUCUUACGGAUCUAGCAAGCUUUCUAAUUUCCCUUUUCUCGAUUUUUAUCGCAUCUCGCCCAGCAACUCGACGAAUGAGCUUUGGCUGGCAUAGGGCAGAAGUAAUUGGGGCGUUGGUAUCCGUGCUUCUUAUAUGGGUGAUUACCGGCGUCCUGCUGUACAUGGCUACUGAACGUCUGAUAUACAGAAACUAUCACAUUGAACCCAAGAUCAUGCUGACUGUUGCGUCAAUUGGCGUUUGCGUUAACGUAAUAAUGGGUUGCGUGCUGCACCGCUACAGCAGCCAUUCGCAUGGUUUCAACGAUGAAACUCGAACUCGCCAAUCGAAUGCCGUCAAUGACACUGAUGACAGAUCAAGAUCAAGUCGGGAUCAAGAGAGCACACCACUUAGAAAGUCGAAACCAAAGAACAUCAAUGUCAGGGCCGCCUUUCUGCACAUUCUUGGUGAUUUUAUUCAAAGCGUUGGUGUAGUAACCGCGGCAUUCAUAAUCUAUUAUCGAAGAGACUUGGAAUUCAUUGAUCCGAUCUGUACGAUAGUGUUUGCAAUCGUCGUUCUAUUCACUACACUUAACGUCAUGCGAGACGUUGUGAACAUAUUAAUGGAAGGCUCGCCCCGAGAGAUCAGUUUUGCUGAGGUACUUGCCGGUCUGACCGCAUUAGAUGGCGUCGAGAAAGUGCAUGAUUUGCACAUCUGGUCACUCACCCUGGACAAGGUUGCCGUUUCAGUGCAUCUAGCUGUUGAAGAAAGCAAAGACUUUCAAGCUCUUUUGAACCGUGGUAUAGAACUGCUUCGGAAGCAGUUUGGAGUUUACGAAUGCACCAUUCAAAUUGAACGUUAUUCAAACGACAUGGACAAUUGCUGUCAAUGCAAAGCUUUAAAUAAUUAAUU